CCGCAGGACAACAGAGGAUAGGCUAGGACGCUGGCCGCCGGGAAACUAAAGGCUCCACACUCAUGCCUUGAACAAGGGGAGAGUGUGAAACUGCUGUUAAUGGAGAGAAAUCACAUUCACCUGGAAUAAAGAAAAUGAUUGAAACAAUGGAUACACAGCGUGCCUUGCAGGCAGUGGAGCGUCUCCAGGCCAAACUGAAGGAGCGAGGGGAGGUGCCCACUGAGGAGAAGCUCAGCCUGCUUAAAUCAGUGCUCCAGAGCCCCCUCUUCCACCAGAUCCUGGCCUUGCAGAAGUCUGUCCAGCAUCUCAGAGACCAGGGGAGCGUCCCAGCAUCACGUGGGAGUGACCCUGCCGAUCACAUCACAGCGGCGAAGCCCAAUGGAAGCCAUGUCUCCUAUUCAGAUAUACCAGCUGCCACACACAUUAAUGGGAAGACGUCAACCGAAGAAUUCGAUCAUAUUAUUCAGUCCAUGGCACAGGGGCGCUACGUGACACAUGUGGAGCUGCAGAAGCCAGUGUCAGGAGGUCUGGGCUUCAGCGUGGUGGGCCUGAAGAGCGAGAACCGCGGAGAGCUCGGCAUCUUCAUCCAGGAAAUUCAACCAGGGAGUGUGGCUCACUGUGAUGGAAAGCUCAAAGAAGCUGACCAGAUCUUGGCCAUCAAUGGCCAGCCCCUGGACCAGACAGUGACCCACCAGCAGGCCAUAGGCAUCCUGCAGAGUGCUUCAGAGAGGGUGCAGCUCACAGUGGCAAGAGGACCAAUACCUCAGCUGACCAGUCCUGUGGUGUCCCGCACGCCCUCUGCUGCCAGUACACUGUCAGCCAACUCCAGCGCGUGGCAGCACGUGGAGACAAUUGAGCUGGUCAACGAUGGCACUGGCCUUGGAUUUGGUAUUGUGGGAGGCAAGACCACUGGAGUUAUUGUCAAAACCAUUCUCCCCGGAGGCAUAGCUGAUCAGGAUGGCCGCCUGCGCAGUGGAGACCACAUCCUGAGAAUUGGGGAAACUGACCUGUACAGCAUGGGCAGUGAACAGGUGGCACAGGUCCUUAGGCAGUGUGGCAACAGGGUGAAGCUGGUGGUUACCAGGGGUCCUGUAGACGAGAAUCCCUCAGUCUCUGCGGUAAUGCCUGUGGUGCUCCCCACUGUCAAUGAACAACAGGGCUAUGAAGAAGAGGAGACUGAAGCGUUUGAUGUGAGCCUUACCAAGAACGCCCAGGGACUAGGGAUCACCAUUGCUGGAUAUGUUGGAGAUAAAAAUUCAGAGCCCUCUGGUAUUUUUGUUAAGAGUAUAACAAAAGACAGCGCCGUAGAUCAAGAUGGCCGUAUUCAUGUGGGAGACCAGAUAAUAGCUGUCGAUGGUGUAAACAUACAGGGAUACACCAAUCAACAGGCUGUGGAAGUGCUCAGACAUACCGGCCAGACAGUCCAUCUUAAGCUGAUCCGGCGGGGCUUCAGGCCUGAUGAGAUCCCCCCUGCUGUGGCCCCCAGUGUCACCAUCCUGCCCCCCUCUACCACCAUCCCCACCACCACCACCGUCAUGAGGGAGCUCGAGCUGGAGAGGAAGAAGGCUGAGGAGGCUGUGGAAGUCACUGUAGAUGAAAAGCCGCUCCAGACAAAGAGUGAAGGAUCUGAUGUCAGCCCAGCCACGGAUAAGCUAACAGAAGACAAAAAUGGGAUGAAGUUAACACUCUUUGAAGAAGAAGAACUAAUGAAGAAAUGGCAGGGGAUUCUGGGUCCAAGUAAUGAAGUUGUAGUGGCUCAGGUGGAGAAGUUCAGUGAGAACAGUGGCCUGGGGAUCAAUCUAGAAGCCAACAGCGGGCAUCAUUACAUCCGCUCUGUUCUACCUGAGGGACCUGUUGGUCGCUGUGGCAAGCUGUUCAAUGGAGAUGAACUGCUUGAGGUCAAUGGCAUAUCUCUGAUUGGUGAGACACACAAGGAAGUAGUAAGAAUCUUGAGGGAGCUUCCACUCUGUGUAUACAUGAUAUGCUGUAGGCCCGCCCCUCACCUGCCGACUGACAUGGAUGCUGUCCAACCAGAAUCAGAGGCUUUGUCCACAACACCUAAAUUGAAGAAACAAAUAGAUCUGAGCAGAGUGCUGGUUGUUGAAGACUCAGAGGUGAACACAGCAGCCGCAGCGACACAGGAUAAUGUGACAGAGGAGGCAAUAGGAUCUCCUUUGGCUAUGUGGGAGCUGGAGAUCCAGAAUAUCGAGCUCGAGAAGGGAGAAGGGGGAUUGGGAUUCAGCAUUUUGGACUACCAGGACCCACUGGACCCUGCCAAGACGGUGAUCGUGAUUCGCUCUCUCGUUCCCAACGGUGUGGCCGAGCAUGAUGGCAGACUGUUGCCAGGGGACCGACUCAUGUAUGUUAACACCACCAACCUGGAGAACGCCAGUCUGGAGGAUGCCGUUCAGGCCCUGAAGGGGGCCAUGCUCGGCAAGGUCCAGAUAGGAGUCGCCAAACCGCUGCCUGGAAUAUGUGGAUAUUCCCAGUCUCCACACCCAUAUGGUGAGCAGGAAAUAACAUCAUCAUCCACCAUCCAUUCAUUUGACUUCAACAGUAUUUUGGUUGAAGAAGGAGAGGAAGAAGAUCUGGCUGAGGGCAUCGUUUACCGAGCAGAGCCUGCAUUGAUUGACACCAGUGAAGCAGACCUCUCUGAUGACAAGGUGUUAGAUCAUACUUACUCUGGGAUUGAGGACGACACUUUCCAGGCGUCCAUGAUUGCACUUCACGGCAGUGGCUGUAGUGCAGACCUGGAUUACUUGCACUCAUCCACACCUAAGCUGACAGCUCGCCUGGACUUGUUGGAUGAUCACCCGCGCUUCACAACACCGUCCGGCCUCGGAGACAACACUCAAGUGUUCUCACCAGAGAAGUCGGCCUGUUUCACCCCUCCGAGUUUGAGAGGUCACGUCCCGGCUUUUAAUGCCAUAUUAAGCAGUUCUGAUCAGUUCCUGGCUCAGCAAUCGACCAGAGAGGAACCAGUGGAGUCCUCGAACUCAUUCAGCCCGUUUGCUGAAAUAGGGACAAGAUCUAACGUACAGGAGGAACCUGUGGAGUCCCUUCACUACCAGAAGGAGCCACCCAUCCCCUUUGGAGAUAUUGGAGAUAUAAAGAUUUUGAUGAAGGACGAGGAGGCCGGUGUGAGAGAAUCAGCAGAAGACAUUGACAAGGCAGUACUGACCUCAGGGAGCAAUUUUGAAAGGACUAUCACAGUUGUCAAGGGCAACUCCAGCCUUGGCAUGACGGUGUGCGCCAUGAAAGAUGGUUUGGGGAUGCUGAUCCGCAGUAUCAUCCACGGAGGGUCAAUUAGCCGCGAUGGACGUCUUGGUGUCGGUGACCUCAUCCUGGCCAUCAACGGAGAGCCCACUGCCAACCUGACCAACGCCCAGGCUCGUGCCAUGCUGCGAAGACACUCUCUCAUUGCACCGGACAUGGGAUCUGCUUGUUCACCUGAGGACGAUCUGUGCCCAUUUUAUGUCAUUACAUAUGUUCCAGCAGAGUAUCUAGAGGAGUACAAGGCCAGCCUAGAGCAGGCUAAAGAUGAUGUCUUCUCUGAAGCAGCUCCACUCCCAGUUCCAGCACCAAAAAAUAUUCCUAACCUCCCUGAGCGUGAAGAUGGAGAGGGAGAGGAAAGUGCCUCUUACAGCAACUGGAACCAACCUAGGCUAGUGGAGUUGUUCAGAGAGCCAGGCAAGUCCCUGGGCAUCAGUAUCGUCGGAGGCCGAGGGAUGGGCAGCCGCCUGAAUAAUGGAGAAGUGAUGAGGGGGAUUUUUAUCAAACACAUUCUUGCGGACAGUCCUGCUGGACAGAACGGGACCCUGAAGACUGGAGACAGGAUUGUAGAGGUGGAUGGUGUAGACUUAAGAGAUGCUAGUCAUGAGGAGGCAGUGGAGGCCAUACGCAGGGCAGGCAACCCUGUCUCCUUCUUGGUCCAGAGUAUUAUUCACAGGCCUAGGUCAUCGAUAACGGACUCCAGCGAGGAGAGAGCAGCAGCUGUGAAAAGGGACAACAAGGACAAGCCGGCGAAGCGUGAAGUGGCGAAGGCAUCUCCCACCAGCACUGUCCUCCCCCUGCCAGUGGUGCCUCAUGUGGGAGAGACUGAUACAGACACGCUGACAGAGAUUCCUGGCAGACCUGCCGAGGCAGAGGAGGAAAACGAAGAGGAGGAGGAGGUGGAGGACGAGUUUGGAUACAACUGGAAAAACAUAAUCCGGCGCUAUGGCAGCCUCCCAGGUGUCCUACACAUGAUUGAGCUGGAGAAAGGCAAGACAGGCCUGGGCCUCAGCCUGGCAGGGAACAGGGACCGCUCUCGCAUGAGUGUGUUCGUGGUGGGAAUAGACCCCAACGGGGCGGCCGGGAGGGACGGACGCAUGGUGGUGGGGGAUGAGCUGCUGGAGAUCAACGGGCAAGUCCUUUAUGGCCACAGUCACCAGAAUGCAUCCUCCAUAAUCAAGAGCUCUCCAUCCAAAGUCAAGAUCAUCUUUGUGAGGAACACUGAGGCGCUGAACCAGAUGGCUGUGGGACCUGUGAGAGAACACGAGGGAGACACAGUGGAGCCCCACGCUGAGCUAGAAACAGCUGCGGCUAAUGGUGAUGCCGACGCUUCAAAAUAUGUCCAUCACACCAUAAAGCUGAAGGAGGACGGAGGACUUGGCAUCACCUUUGUCGAGGGAGACACUGAGAGCGGAGUUGAAAUUCAGACAAUAUCUGAAGUGAAAGGACACACAGGCAAAGAGGGCUGCAUGAGACCGGGGGACAAGCUCUUAACUGUGAAUGGUGAAUCAGUGCUGGGGUACACUGUGGAAAAGUCAACCUGCCUGGACGGGGGUUACUCAGAUGGUGUCCUCGCCAGCCUGCCCAGCAUGCCUAGCGCCGCCACAGCUAUGCUGAGCCCAGCAGAAGCAGAAGCAGUCACUAGCCUGAGUCGCUCCUCCACCCCUUCCACUCUGGCCUGUGACCCAGCGACCUGUCCCAUCAUCCCCGGCUGUGAGACCACCAUCGACAUCUCCAAGGGCCGCACAGGCCUGGGCCUCAGCAUCGUGGGAGGCUGCGACACCCUGCUGGGGGCCAUCAUUAUCCAUGAAGUUUAUGAAGAAGGGGCAGCCUCCAAAGAUGGCAGGCUUUGGGCAGGAGACCAAAUCCUAGAGGUGAAUGGCAUCGACCUGCGUGCAGCCAGUCAUGAUGAAGCCAUCAAUGUGCUGCGGCAGACGCCGCAGAGGGUCCGGCUGUCUGUCUACAGGGAUGAGGCCCAGUACAAGGAGGAAGACCUGUGGGACUCAUUCACUGUGGAGCUGCAUAAGAAGCCUGGUCAUGGCCUGGGCCUCAGCAUUGUAGGGAGGAGGAAUGACACAGGAGUGUUUGUGUCUGAUAUCGUGAAAGGAGGUUUGGUGGACACCGAUGGUCAACUGACGCAGGGCGACCAGAUACUGUCAGUCAAUGGCGAGGACGUCAGGUCGGCCACUCAGGAGGCCGUGGCUGCACUGCUCAAGUGCUGCGUGGGGCCUAUAAAACUGGAAGUGGGGAGGUUUAAAGCUGGCCCCUUCCACUCUGAGAGAAGGCUUUCUCAAAGCAGUCAGAUGAGUGAAACAGGCAGUUCUAAGGCGGCCUCUCAGUCGUGUUCAGACUCUGGAAACCUUCCUGCUGACCCUGACAAACUAAGUCAGAGUCAGGAAUCUCCGGAGCAUCAGGACACCAGAACAGUGGAGUUCACUAAAGGUCCCAAUGAUUCUCUGGGUAUCAGUAUCGCAGGCGGUGUGGGCAGCCCUCUGGGGGAUAUACCCAUCUUCAUCGCCAUGAUGAACCCUGUCGGCCUGGCUGCUCAGACCCAGAAGCUCAAGAUUGGGGACCGGAUUGUCAGUAUCUGUGGAACCUCUGCUGAAAGCAUGAGCCACGCACAGGCAGUCACUCUGCUCAAGAAUGCCACAGGCACAAUACAGCUGCAGGUGGUAGCAGGUGGUGACACAACCGUGACGGGUCCCUCUCAGGAUCCGGCAGCUGUGGGUCUCACACCCACCUGCAUUUUCCAGGACGACCUCGGCCCACCGCAGUAUAAGACCAUCACUCUUGAGAGAGGACCAGACGGACUAGGUUUCAGUAUAGUUGGAGGGUACGGCAGCCCCCAUGGAGACUUGCCUAUCUAUGUUAAAACAGUUUUUGGAAAGGGAGCAGCAGCGGAGGAUGGGCGUCUGAAACGGGGAGACCAGAUCAUGGCCGUUAACGGGCAAACUCUGGAGGGCGUCACUCAUGAAGAAGCCGUCGGGAUCCUGAAAAGGACCAAAGGAACUGUCACACUCACUGUGCUAUCAUAGACACACCUUCGCAAACACCCACAAACAUCCGCAAACAUCCGCAAACGCACACAUACACUCCUCACUGCUUUUCCCACACUCCUACUUGCACCCGAACUUAACCUACACCUUCAAAGACUGAAACUUUAAAGGAGCAACACAGAGCGCAGGCGUAGUGUCGUGUCUCACAGCAGUGGAGCUCACGCCGGCAAUAUUUCACAACCAGGUGAUUGUGUUACAAUCACCAGAUUUUCAGCUGUGAAAAUAUGCAAACUGAAAUAUGAACAGCCACACACUGAUUACUCAUUGUAGCUUUGAACACUGUGAUCCAUUGAAGCCUACUACGAGUAGCUUUACAUGCAGUAUAUGUCAUUAUAAAAACUUGUCACUAAAACAAUCGCUCAAAUUGAUCCUAAAAGUAAUAUGUUAAGUAAAUAUACUGUAUGAAUUCAUAAAUUGUUCACCAUAUAGUUAUGUUUUAAAUCUGUUGUUACAUAAAUCUCAAAGAUGUUGUGAAUAGUAUUAGAAACACUCCAUGACUGGAGUGAAAUAUUCACUGGACACUGUGACUAGUAUUUUACCAUUUACUGUAUUGAGAUACAUGGAUUGGACGAUCGUUACUCUCAGUAGCAGAGAACACCCUCAAGCAAUAUCAGAAUAUUUCGACAGAGGAGAGGCCUAUUUUUCCAAGGGUUUUUACAGAGGUACAGUCUUGCACAGGUGAAAGUCCGAGUAAAAUCAGAGCAUGAAACAGCAUGAAAAUACCCUAAUGACUAUUUUAGCUGAUAACAUUAUUAUUUGUCUUUUACGUUGCACUGCUGUUGGCAAUUCAUCAUACUUUGAAUUUCCUGAUGCUGAUGCUGCUAUAACGGUUGGUGUUACAUGAUGAAGUCACUGUUGUUUUAGCAAAAAGAGAUGUCUGGUGUUGUAAAAUACACUGUGCAUCAACAAAUUUCUGAAGGGAAAGAUGUGAAAUCCUUUAAGUGUGUUUUUAGUGCACACUGCAUGAGGAAUUGUGAAUGAGUGAGUGUGUUUGUGUGACCUACUCACUGAAAUAUAGUGCUGCUAAAGCUGAUGUAUGAGGUAUUAUGUCACAGUACUUGGAUUUUGUAAGUAUUAAUAAAUGUUCACUUAAUGAAAGUGCACAGGAGAGUAAAGAAACUGUUAUUUAGGUUGGAAUGGACGAGUGGUUCUUCGUGUCAGAUGGAUUGUAGAAUGGACCUGAACUCUUUUUGACCUUUAUUGUUUACCCAAAAUGAAGACACCCAGUGUGUAGUUUCUGAAGUCCUUAUGCAUUUGUUGUGUGGUCUAGUGUCAGAGAGAGUUGUCUAUUCUCUGUCUUAUCACCUUAAAUGUGUCUCUAGUACUGUCAAAGUGACAGUAUUGAAUUUAUUCACACUGAAUUAAAUAAAAGUGACCUUUGGAUUCAA